GUUGGCUUCUGUGUGCACUAGCCUCUGAACCUCGCGUUUGUCUUAUUCCGUAUUCAAUUUGCAGAGGCCUUAUUGCCACAACGAAAUCUCAACUAUUUUUCAAUUGAACUUUGCUGGCCAGAAAAGCGAUUAUGUCGGCCCUGCUGAAAAUCCACAGAGUUCACAAACUCUUCACGCCCGCCUUUGUGCGUAGCGUUUCGGAGGCAGCGAAAUAUCCAAAGAUUACCACGCACUACACUCUGAAUCCGCGCGAAAAGGACGAGAGAUGGAAGGAUGUGGACAUGGAGCGUUGCGUCGAGGAGGUGGACAUCGUCAUCGUGGGCGGUGGACCAGCCGGCAUGUCAGCUGCCAUACGCGCCAAGCAGCUGGCUGCUGAAAAGAAUCAGGAGGUACGCGUGUGCGUUGUGGAAAAAGCCGCUGAGGCGGGCGGUCACAUACUUUCCGGCGCAGUCAUCGAUCCGAUCUCAUUGAAUGAGCUCAUACCCGACUGGCAGGAGCAGGGCGCGCCAUUGAACACGCCUGUGACCAAGGACACCUUCUCUUUCCUCACUGAAACGGGUCGCUUUUCGAUACCCAUUUUUAAGGGCUGGCCCAUGGACAAUCAUGGCAAUUAUGUUGUCCGGCUGGGUCACUUAGUCAAAUGGCUGGGCGACCAGGCGGAGGCUUUGGGUGUUGAGAUUUAUCCCGGCUGUGCGGCCUCUGAGGUGCUGUUCCAUGAGGAUGGCAGCGUGAAAGGCAUUGCCACGAAUGAUGUGGGCAUUGCCAAGAGCGGAGCUCCAAAGGAAACCUUUGCACGUGGCAUGGAACUGCAUGCGAAGACCACAAUCUUUGCCGAGGGCUGUCGUGGCCAUCUAUCCAAGCAGAUUAUGCAAAAGUUUGGCCUUAAUGUCGGCAGCGAGCCGCAAACAUAUGGCAUUGGACUGAAGGAGGUGUGGGAGAUCGCUCCCGAGCUGCAUCAACCUGGUCUGGUAGAGCACUCAAUUGGCUGGCCCCUGGAUCGCUUUACAUAUGGUGGCUCUUUCCUCUACCAUCUGAACGAACCCACGCCCACCAUCGCAGUUGGUUUUGUAGUUGGCUUGAAUUACAAGAACCCGUGGAUUAGUCCCUUCCAGGAGUUCCAGCGCUUCAAGACGCACCCCAAAGUGCGACAUAUAUUCGAGGGCGCCACGCGCAUAGGCUAUGGUGCACGUGCCAUUAACGAGGGCGGUUUCCAGAGUUUGCCCAAGAAGUUGUCCUUCCCAGGCGGCUGUUUGGUGGGCUGCAGUGCGGGCUUCCUUAAUGUGCCACGCAUCAAGGGCUCACACUAUGCCAUGAAGAGCGGCAUGCUGGCCGCUGAGAGCGCAUUGGAGGCAAUUAAUGAGGGCACGCAGACAACAGCUGGCGUGGAGCCCAUCAGCUAUGCGGACAAAAUUAAGGAGUCCUUUGUUUGGAAGGAUUUGUACAAGGUGCGCAAUGUGCAUCCGUCCUUCCACAACCCUUUGGGUCUCUAUGGCGGCCUUGUGUUGAGUGGUUUCUCCAUCUUUAUGGGCGGUCGCGAGCCCUGGACGUUGACUCAUGGCCCCCAGGAUCACGAAACGUUGCAGCCCGCCAAUGUUAGCCAGCGCAUUGUAUAUCCCAAGCCCGAUGGUAAAAUCACCUUUGAUUUGCUCUCUUCGGUGGCGCUGACGGGCACCAAUCACGAGGGUGAUCAGCCCGCACAUUUGACCCUGAAGGACGAUCGCAUACCCGUGGAUCACAAUCUGGCCCUCUACGAGGGGCCCGAACAGCGUUUCUGCCCCGCAGGCGUAUACGAGUAUGUGCCCAACGAGGAGGGUGGCAACAUGAAGCUGCAGAUCAAUGCGCAAAACUGCAUACACUGCAAAACCUGUGAUAUCAAGGACCCCAAGCAGAAUAUCAAUUGGGUGGUGCCCGAGGGUGGCGGCGGACCCGCCUACAAUGGCAUGUAAUCCCAUCUAUCUGUAAAGAGAGAAAAAUAGCAAUUUUAUAAGUUGUACCACAAUUGCAUUUGAUUAGUUUGUAAUUCAUAUAAAAAAAAAACAAAAGAUGCUAAAUUCAAAAUUGUUCGGAAAUUAUUUCUUAAAAUAUGUAAUUAAUUGCGUAAGUUCAAAGACAAUAAAGGAAGUGUGAAAAAGUUAGUGA